GGACGAAUCUCAACCACCGUCAUGCAAGCAUUUUGGAAUUUUUUUUCUGCCUCUUCCUUGUUGCUUGCCUUGGCCGACCCGCCAACUUUUUCGCCCCAGCACCUGCGAAUUGCGACCGAACGCACAUUGCCGGGACUAGACAAAAUUGAGGAGUUGCCUCUUGUCAACACCCUCAAAAACUAAUAGCCACACCGCUGCACUCCAAGUGUCUCGCGUCUUUGCAUUUCGAGAGCUUGCAAAGGUUUGGCUUUAUUUGCUUGCCAUUGGACCAUCAACAAACCUUGAGGUCCCUGACGCCAUACAUAAGACCAACUAGGCGCCGACCCCAACUUUGCUGUUCCCGCUUGGCAACAAGCAAUCGCCCACCAUGGACGAGCUUUUCGAUGUUUUCGACGCUCAACCUGACGCGCAAAACGAGUCACACAGCGAGCCCGAGCCUGAGACUGAGGUUGCCGAGCCACCUCAGAAGUCGCGCAAGAAGGACAAGAAGAGCAAGAAGCGCAAGGCCGAUGGUGGAAUGAAGAAUGGCGUCGCCGAAAAGUCAGAGGACGACGACAUGCCCGACGCCGAUGAGACCUCCAAGGAUGGCCAGGACGCUGACGAAGCUGAAGAUGCCGCCGCUUCUUCUGACGAACAGCAGGAGCCCCAUAAGGACAAGCGGAGGAAGAAGGAAGACGAGGCCCAGCCUGUCUUGACCGACACCUUCCAGACUGCCCAGUCCCGAGAGGUUGCUGGCGCCGCGGUCUUCACCCCAGCCCAGGACGAAUCGCUCGUCCUGUCCCACAAUAUCCAGCACCAAGUCGCCCUGCCGCCUGACCUGGACUACGAAUACAUCCCCCUCUCCGAGCAUAAGCCGCCCGCGGAGCCAGCACGCCAGUACAGCUUUAAGUUAGAUCCUUUCCAGGCGCUGUCUGUCGCUUCGAUCGAGAGGGAGGAGAGCGUGUUGGUCUCUGCCCACACCUCUGCCGGAAAGACUGUCGUCGCCGAAUACGCCAUUGCGCAAUGUCUGAAGCGCAACCAGAGAGUCAUUUACACGAGUCCCAUUAAGGCCCUCAGCAACCAGAAAUACCGAGACUUCGAAGCACUAUUUGGCGACGUCGGUCUGAUGACUGGUGAUGUCACGAUCAAUCCCACCGCCAGUUGUUUGGUCAUGACGACCGAGAUUCUGCGCUCCAUGUUGUACCGUGGUUCCGAAAUCAUGCGCGAGGUUGCCUGGGUCGUCUUUGACGAAAUUCACUACAUGAGAGACAAGACUAGAGGUGUCGUUUGGGAAGAGACCAUCAUUCUUCUUCCUGAUAAGGUCCGCUACGUCUUCCUGUCCGCCACCAUUCCCAACGCCUUCCAGUUUGCGGAAUGGAUUGCCAAGAUCCACCACCAGGCUUGUCACGUCGUCUACACCGAUUUCCGUCCCACCCCCCUUCAAAACUACUUCUUCCCUGCCGGUGGUAACGGUAUCUUUCUGGUUGUUGACGAGAAGGGCGUAUUCAGAGAAGGCAACUUCCAGAAGACCAUGUCCCUCAUCGAGGCGGGCAAGGGCCAAGACCCCAACAACACGAACGCAAGCUGGAAGGGCAAGGGAGCCAAGAAGCAGACACAAAAGGGUGGUCAGGCGUCCGAUAUGAAGUCUGAUAUCUCCAAGAUCAUUCGCAUGAUCAUGCAGAAGAGUUUCCACCCCGUCAUUGUUUUCAACUUCAGCAAAAAGGAGGUCGAGAACCUGGCUCUGCAGAUCUCUCACUUCCAGUUCAACAACGACUCGGAGCAGGCCAUGGUUAAGACCGUGUUUAACAACGCCAUCCAGAGCUUAUCUGAGGCUGACCGCGAGCUCCCCCAGAUCCAGAACCUGCUUCCCUUGUUGCAAAAGGGUAUCGGCGUGCAUCACUCUGGUCUUCUGCCCAUUCUGAAGGAGACCAUCGAGAUUCUGUUCCAAGAGUCUCUGAUCAAGGUGCUUGUCGCAACCGAAACCUUCUCCAUUGGUCUCAACAUGCCUGCCAAGACUGUCGUCUUCACCCAAACUAACAAGUGGGAUGGAGUUCAACGGAGACCUCUUACCCCGUCCGAGUACAUUCAGAUGUCUGGACGUGCUGGUCGUAGAGGUCUGGAUACACGUGGUAUUGUCAUCAUGAUGAUUGACGACAAGAUGGAGCCUGAUACUGCCCGCGGCAUGGUCGUGGGUGAGCAGGAUCGUCUUAACUCCGCCUUCUACCUCGGCUACAACAUGAUCCUAAACCUCUUGAGAAUCGAGGCUAUUUCCCCCGAGUUCAUGCUUGAGCGUUGCUUCCAUCAGUUCCAGACAGGUGCUAGUGUCCCAGCUUUGGAACGUGACUUGGUCGCUCUCCAGCAAGAGAGGGACAGCAUGUCCAUCGCUGAUGAGGCUACAGUCAAGGACUACUACAACCUCCGUAACCAGCUGGAGCAAUACACUAGCGACAUGCGUGCUGUUAUUCAGCACCCUGAGCACUGCACCGACUUCAUGCAGCCCGGCCGUCUGGUUCGCAUUCACGACCCCAAGAAGACCAACAACACCAUUGGCGGCACCGACUUCGGCUGGGGUGUUGUGGCGAACCUGAUUCGCCGCGACCGCAACCGCAAGCAAGGCGAGCCUGAAUACCCUCCUCAGGAGUCCUGCCUCAUCGACGUCAUGAUGGUUGUAGACCAGAAGAGCGCACCUGUUGCCGAAGGCUCCAGGCAUUUGACCUCUGAUCUGCCAAAGGGCCUGGUUCCCUACCCGAACCCCGAACAGCCGGACAACGGAGCUCGCUUCGAAAUCAUCCCUUGUCUGCUGACUUGCGUCAAGUCCAUCAGCCAGAUCAGAGUCUUCAUGCCCAAGGAUUGCAAAUCUCAGUCCGCGCUUAACGAGGUCGGCAACUCUCUUCGGGAGGUUCACAGACGCUUCCCCGACGGACUGCCAAUUCUGGACCCUGUUGAGAACAUGGGCAUCAACGACGAUUCUUUCAAAGCCCUGAUGAGGAAGAUUGAGAUGUUGGAGGCGCGCCUCCUCACCAACCCCCUUCACGGAUCACCACUGCUGCCCGAGCUCUACCUUCAGUAUCGCUCCAAGGAGAAACUCGGCGAGCAGAUCAAGUCCAAGAAGAAGGAGAUUGCAAGACUCCACAGCAUUGCGCAGAUGGAUGAGCUCAAAGCGCGCAAGCGUGUCCUGCGCCGUCUUGGAUUCCUUAACGAGUCCGAGGUUGUCGAGCUUAAGGCUCGCGUCGCCUGUGAGAUCUCAUCUACCGAAGGUCACGAACUUGUUCUUGCCGAGCUUCUGUUUGAUCGCUUCUUUAACGAGCUUUCUCCCGAGCUCAUUGCCGCUACACUCAGCUGUUUCGUCUUGGACGAGAAGCUUGAGACAGCAGCCCUGCGUGAGGAAUUGGCCAAGCCCUACCGGGAGGUUCAGGCCAAGGCUAAGCAGGUCGCCAAGGUCAGCCGAGAGAGCAAGCUUGAGCUCAACGAGGAGGAGUACUUGGCUGGCUUCAAGUGGCAAUUGAUGGAGACUGUCUACUCGUGGGCACAAGGCAAGCCAUUUGCAGACAUCUGCAAAAUGACCAAUGCCUACGAGGGUUCCCUUAUCCGCCUUUUCCGCCGUCUGGAAGAGCUUCUGCGCCAGAUGGGCCAGGGCGCCAAGGUCAUGGGCAGCGACGAGCUUACACAAAAGUUCGAGGACAGUCUCGCCAAGAUCCGCCGUGACAUCGUCGCGGCUCAGAGUUUGUACCUGUAAAACUCUAAAAAAGGUUUGUUUUCAGAUGCUAGCGACAAUACUGUCAUGCUAGCAGUUGUCAGAUAGCCCUUUUGCUCCCUCUUUUCUAGCCCGUUGUACUUUUUCCCUUUUGUUAGGUAGCCCCAGGGGACAUCAUGGCGUUUGAUGGUUAUUCGAGGUUUUAUACCAUGCAUGUAGAAUCUUUGUGUGUGCGGAUUCGGAGUUUCGGCUCUUAAAAAGUCGCUUUCUCCAUGGCCACCAAUGAAGCAGAUAAUGGCCCCCUUUUGUUCGCUGUCUCUAUCUAUGUGAUUCAUACCACGCUCCCUAGCCAUCCUUGCCUGAUGCUUGGUAUAAUUACGAAUAAGACACCGUUACCUAGGUAUAAUCAAUAAGCAUCCAGGUUAACCUAACGCCGAAACCCCGUAGUAGAAAAAACCGCCACUGCUCUACCAAUCGCCCAAGAAAACCAUCGUGUCGACACGAAAUAAUGCAACACCAUGCCACACCUAACGUAACGUAAUCGUACCAACCGCCCGGAAACAUAUCCCCUCCCCAAAAUAAGUCCACAAGGAUUUGAAAGCCAACAACGGCCUCGCCCUAUCGAUCGCCCGAGAAUGCCCUGAUGACGCCAAUAAUGAUACUCAAAGUCACGCCGAACCCGAUAAAGUCAUGCCACCGGCCAGAGAGCAUAUUUUCCUCCCGCGAGAGCCACCCCAGACACCCCAAUGGCCAGAAGAAGCCCACAAUAAGACCCUCGAUGAGGACGUCGAGUAUACCACUCAUGACGCCAAACGCAUCAUCACCGCCGCCGCCACCCGCUCCUCCGUCGGCUCCGUCCCCUCCUGCGCCUGUCCCGCUGCCGGGUAACGCGCCGCCGGCGUUGGUAUCUAUCCAAGUGUCCUCGAGCGAGCGCAUCGUGUCCGGGCUGGGCAUGGUGUCGGGGGUAUACUGCGUCGCGCGUAUGUCGCGGAACUGGAGGCGCAGCUGGUUUACUUCGGCCGCCGUGAAGCCUGCGUUGAGGAGCCUGUCGAAGCCCCUUGGCGUCGGGCGCUGCUGGUGGUGGUGGUGGUGGGCUUGGGAGCCGUAUGCGCUGCCAUCGUGGCCGUGACCGCCAUGCUGCCCGUCUCCCGCCCCGGAAUGAGUCGUCGCACUCCGCUCCGAUGGCGCGCGUAGAGCUGCCUCGGCUUCGGCGGCGAGUUCUUCGUCGGUGAGACUGUCGCCGAUGCUGCAGUUCACGUAGACCCUCUGCGGCAGCGCGGUCUCGUUGGCCUUGGCCUUGCCUUUGCCCUUGGGAUCAUCGAAGCCGCUGUUUGCGCCGGGUGUGGACGGCGUCGACGUCGGGUUCGAGGAUGAUGGAGGGGGAGGAGGGGGCAGCGGCCGCAGGACGGAGCUAAGGGCCGAGGCGUCGGGGAGAAUUUUGCCCUGGUGGAUGAAGCGGAGACGGCGUUGGGAGUCGGGUUGGGCGAGGCGGCCGCGGAUGAGGUGCUUGAGGGCGGCGACUGUUGUUUGGGAGGGGGAGGGGAUGUCGAGGUCGAGGUCUGGUAGGGAGGUUGUGAAGCGGAUGCGGAGGAGGAGGGGUGGUGUCCAAGGGCGCGGGGUUGUCAUCUCGGCGGCAUUGUUUUGUGUCGAGGGGAAUUGGGCGAGCUCAAGGGAGAUGUGUGUGCGUGUGUGACAAGGUAGAUGUUAAUUGAGGUUUGGCGUUUUGGAA